AGAGAAAAAUGUGAUCGGAGUGGAAAACGCUCCGUGAGCGUGACUUGUUGAAAAUAAUAUUAUUGAUAUGUGAAGCUUGGUGCCUGUGAGUACCACAUUUUCAAGUCCAAAGCAAAGAAAAGGACCCCAAGCCGAGACCAAGAGGACCCCUGCGUCUUCAAUUUGUCAAGUCAAAAGCCUUUAUAAAGAAAGCACUUUGCGCCCUCGCCUCAACAGCGCGUGUGUGUGCCAUAUCUGACCGCCUCAGUUCGUGACUUUUUCUGAAUGGUUCAAUUAAGUGUCGAACAACUUCAACAUGCACUGCGAAAGCGCAAGAAUAUCCGCAACAUUGCUGUUAUUGCCCAUGUUGACCAUGGAAAGACUACUCUUACUGAUUCCUUGCUUGCGAGGGCUGGUGUGAUCGCAUCCUCACAGGCAGGUGAUAAGAGGGCCACUGAUACUCUCAAAUAUGAACAAGAAAAAGGCAUCACCAUCAAGUCGACGGCUAUAUCCUUGUACUACAACUUGGAAGACAAGGAUGUUGAGCAACUGGGGUCUGAAGGAACGGGUUUCCUGAUCAACCUGGUGGACAGCCCUGGCCAUGUAGACUUCUCCCCUGAGGUGACAGCCGCCCUGAGGGUGGUCGAUGGAGCCAUGGUGGUGGUGGACUGUGUCAGUGGCGUGAGCGUCCAGACAGAGACGGUGCUGCGACAAGCGCUGUCGGAGAGGAUCAAGCCUGUGCUCAUGAUGAACAAGCUGGACAGGGCUGUGUUCGAGAAGGCUCUCACCGCGGAGGAAAUCUACUGCACUCUCCGAGACGUUGUGGGCAGCGUCAAUGCCCUCAUCGGCAUAUACUGCGAGGACGACUCACCCAUGGGAGAUUUGAUGAUGGAUCCAGCCAAGGGCAAUGUGAGCUUCGGCUCUGGCCUUCAUGGCUGGGGUUUCAACCUCAAGCAGUUUGCUCGUCUGUACUCGAGCAAGUUCGGCAUCAAGGAAGAACGUCUGAUGAGAAGGCUCUGGGGGGAGCAUUACUUCAGCCCGGCCUCACGUCAAUGGAGCAAGCAGCCCGGAGAGGGACGUGUCAGGGGCUUCAACCACUUUGUCCUUGACCCUCUCCUCAAACAAUGAAGGAGUGUGACCCCAAUGGACCUCUCAUGAUGUACGUAGCAAAGAUGAUCCCGGCCGCGGAGAAGGGUCGGUUCUACGCCGUUGGCCGUGUGUUCUCUGGCACCGUUUCUCCGGGACAAAAAGUGAGGAUUAUGGGCCCUGAUUAUGUUCCAAAUGCAGUGAAAAAGCGAGACCUGUAUGUCAAGAAUGUACCCAGAACGGUUCUCAUGAUGGGUGGCCAGGUACAGUCUGUUGAUAACGCCCCAUGUGGCAACAUCAUUGGGCUGGUUGGUGUGGACAGGUACCUGCAGAAGACGGGAACCAUCACGACUUUUGAGGAAGCACACAACCUGAAGGUGAUGCGGUUCUCGGUGAGUCCCGUGAUGCGUGUGGCAGUGGACGUCGUCCAUCCCCAGGACUUGCCCAAGCUGGUAGAGGGUCUGAGGCGACUCAACAAGGCCGAACCCCUCGUACAGUGCACCAGCGAGGAGGGUCAGCACAUUGUGGCGGGGGCCGGAGAGCUGCACCUGGACAUUUGCCUGAAGGACCUGGAGGAGGAGUACGCCGGUGUGCCCAUCAAGAGGUCGGAGCCCGUGGUGAAGUUUUGUGAGACGGUGAUUCAGGAGUCUGACCGCGUCUGUCUGGCCAAGUCAAGCAACAAGCUGAACAGAGUGUUCAUGACAGCCGAGCCGCUGCCAGACGGACUCAGCGAAGAGAUUGAAAAUGGUGAGCUGAGCCUUGACAUGAAGGAGCGAUCCUCCCACCUGGUGGAUGUCUACGACUUUGACCCCAAAGAGUCGCGGAAGAUUUGGUGUUUUGGCCCCAACAACAGCGGCCCCAAUAUGCUGGUCGACGCGACCCAGGGAGUGGACACCACGGUCAUCAGGGACGCCAUGUGCGCGGGGUUCCAGUGGGCCACCGAGGAGGGUGUUCUGUGUGGGGAAACGAUGCGAGGGGUCAAGUUCCGCCUGAGAGAUGCGAUGAUCCACCCAGACCCAGCCCACCGCGGGGGUGGUCAGAUCAUCCCCACAUCUCGGCGGGCGCUUCUGGCCUCCGUGAUGACUGCAUCCCCAGCCUUACUGGAGCCGGUUUACUUGGCGGAGACACAGUGUCCGGUGUCAGUGAUGGGCAAUGUGAUGAGCGUGUUGUCUCGACGACGCGGCGUCAUGGUGGAGCAGAUACACCACGCUGGGGCUCCUCUCUGCACCAUCAAGGCUCACCUACCUGUGCACGAGGCUUUCGGAUUUUCGGAGGAGCUCAAGUCCCAGACGAGUGGCCAGGCUUUCCCUCAGUGCAUCUUUGACCACUGGCAGGUGAUGCCCGGCGACCCACUGACCCCUGGCACCAAGGCGGGGGAUGUGGUGGCCGCAGUCCGGCAGCGUAAGGGACUGGUCGUCUCGCUGCCACGCCUGGACAGUCUGCUGGACACGCUGUGAACAACACAGGACACGCUGUGAACAACGCAGAACACGCUGUGAACAACACACACCACAGCAGAUUUUUUUUUGUCUUUACAAAACAAUUUUUUCUUUUUGUUUAGUGUUUUAUUGUAUCUUUUGUUUUGUUAUAUUGAUUUGACUUUGUAUUUGUGAAUGAAGGAAAGAGGUAACUUACAGAAUCUUGUUUUGUUUUUUUCAAUAUAUUCCUUUCUAAAAAUUUAGAUAUUGGGGGUUUUUUUGUGUCUGUUUUUGUUUUUUAUUUAAGAAUUUUGUUUUUGUAGUUAUGAGUGUUAGAAAGAAACAGCUGGGUACAUUUUGUGAUGAUUUUGAUCUAUUUUCUAUAGUAAUAAAUUAAAAAUAAUGACUGUGAUGCCUGGUAUAUUGGGAAAUGUAAUUUAUAUCAAACUUGUCUGUGAUUUUUAUUUUAGCAGGAAGAUGUUCAACUGGAUCUAGCAUACCCAUUUUUGUAUGACUAUCUAGCACAUCAAAAAGAAAGAUUCAAAAUAAAGAAUAGAUAAUAGAAAUAUA